AUGCCUGCACGGAACCCGUUUGCCAAGACCAGAAUGGCGAGCGCUCAAGACAUGGAGGAACAGCUUCAGCAAAGCGUCAUGAUUUCAGAAGGUGGAGCGUACGAGUCUCCUCCGUCCGGCCCGGGCGUAGCGAAUACGACUUCGGAUAAUGGCGACUUGGAUAUGAGCGAUCGCGAUGCAUCCGGCGAAGAAAUCGAAGAAGGAGACGAGGACGCCGAAGGAGAGGAGGACAACGACCUUCUACAACAGCAGAUAAGCACGAGCCAACGAUCGAUAGUCGCCAGCGCGAAGCUCUCAAGUGACGACGAAGAAGACGAUAGGGACUCUGACGAUGAUGGCGUCGAUCUCGUCAAAAUCCGAGCCGAAUCCGAUGACGAAGGCGAUAGCGAAGCUUUAAUGCGCGAGAGCGAGGCCGACGAAGACGAGGAGGCGGCUGCCUGGGAGGAGGAAGUUGACGAACAGGACGAAGAAGACGCGUCUGUCGCAAGCCCCAGCAACGCUUGUAUUUUUUGCAAACAAGACGAGGAGGAUGACCCGAGCGAAGACUUUGAAGCAUACUUGUCGUGCAAGAGAUGCGGCGAUCAUGCUCACCAGCAAUGUGCUCGUGAAGCAGCAACAAUGACGGAAGAUAAUGAUGCGCAAAACUGGAAAUGCCCAGACUGCAUUGACAAAUCUUCCGAAGAAGAGGAGGAUGAUGCUGAGGCUGAGAGCGCUGCUGGCUCUGAUACAAAAGCAUCCCAAGCAAGUGGUGGGACAGGCACUGCCUCUCGCGCAGGCCGCAAGAGAAAAUCAUCACCUCUACAGGACGAGGAUGAGGACGACGUGAUUACAGUCCGAAAGCGUCGGCGGAACUUUUCUGUCGAGGACAACUCGACGCAAGAUACAGAGGGUAAUGAGCACACACGGGGUCGCACUGCUCGGCAAAAGUCGACCCGUCAGGCUUUGGUUACAACAGAAAAGAGCUCGCGGCAUUCGUUGAUCCUGAAAUUCCGCGUUCGACCCGGAAACUUGAAGGAAUUCCUGUCCCGACGGCGCCGAGACCGAAAGCGUCCCAUUACUGCUCGAACACCACGGCCAAUCGCACAGCAACCCUCUUCGGUAGGGUUUGACGUGCCGAUAUCUGCUAUACCUACACCAUUCAGCUCUGAUGUUUAUUCUCAACCCUUCUAUUCCUUCUUCGACAAAGAAACAGACGAAGUAAAGGGCAAACCAUAUGGUGGCAUCCUGACAGAGGUGGAAGCCGAUACGUCCAAGACAUUUCCCACGGCUGACGACCGCAAACGAUUUGACAAAGCAAAGCAGCAAGCGGAAGACGAGUGGCGGGCUCGCGUGCUUGCAAUGCAAGCAGAGCAGGACAUGCCCGUGCGACGUCACAAGAAAAACAGUGAUCACGCCAGUCAAAUCGAAUGUAUUGAGUUUGGCGGCUGGGAGAUUGAAACUUGGUACGCGGCACCAUAUCCCGCAGAGUACAGCAGAAAUCGUGUCCUCUACAUAUGCGAAUUUUGUCUCAAAUACAUGAACUCGGACUACGUCGCGUGGAGACAUAAGCUGAAAUGCGGCACCAAGCACCCGCCUGGGGACGAGAUUUAUCGGCACAACUCGAUUUCAGUAUUCGAAGUGGAUGGUCGCAAGCACCCGGUGUAUUGCCAAAACCUGUGUCUUUUAGCCAAGCUAUUUCUUGGCUCUAAGACACUGUACUAUGACGUGGAGCCUUUCCUGUUUUACGUCUUGUGUGAGUACGAUGACUGCGGAUAUCAUUUCGUCGGCUACUUUUCGAAGGAGAAGCGAGCAAGCAGCCAGAACAACGUCUCAUGUAUCUUGACCCUGCCGAUCCAUCAACGAAAAGGCUAUGGCAAUUUGUUGAUUGACUUUUCCUACCUCCUUACGCGAGUCGAGCAGAAGACUGGAUCGCCAGAAAAACCGCUGUCUGACAUGGGUCUGGUGUCGUACAGGAACUACUGGCGACUCCGACUUUGCCGCUAUUUCCUGGACAUUUUUGAAUCUGGAGAGUUCAAAACUAAUGGCAUGAGCAUUAAGAAGAUAUCGGAUGACACCGGCAUGACACCCGACGAUGUCAUUUCUGCGCUCGAGGGUCUACGGGCUCUUGUUCGUGACCCCGAAACAAAACUAUAUGCAUUCCGAAUAGACUUGGAAUAUUGCCGCAACUAUUGGGAGAAAUGGGACAGUAAGGGCUACGUUAGGCUCGAUUCCGACGCUUUGGUCUGGACCCCAUACGUGAUGGGUAGAUCGAAUGCCGUUAAUUUCGAAUUUGGACCGCCCAUCAACGCCAUUGCCCCGCGCGAGGACGACGAAGCCAAAUUGGUAGAAGGGUCGAACGGAGUGAGCACCGAAAAAUCGGAGGAAACGAAUGGUGACAAGGCUCUCAGUACUGCGGACCAAGCAGAACCCAUCUCAGCGCCAGCGGCAUCCAUUGAAAAAGCUGAUUCGGAAGACAAGAUUAUCAAGUCUGAGGAUGAACCAAUGAAGGACGCUGACGAGGAAACCGUGGAGACGUGGGACGCCGCCUACAGAAACAUACCGGCCACUCGAUUCGAAGUCUUCCCCACUGUCGGCGGAAAUCGUCGAGAUCGAAACCGGCGCCGCUCGUCGGGCAAUAAUGGUCUUACACGAAAACGUGGUCGGCCGCCGCUGAACCGCGCGCGGAGUAACUCUUCCCGGCGCAAAGGCGGUGGCACAGGCCGGGGCCCUGGGCGAUACCCAAAGGGGACCAAAAAAUCCGACUACGGCAAUGCAGACAGCGGGCCUGGCCUGCCGCCCGGCUGGCAGAGGCACACGCCCACGGAGGCCGCCCAAGCCAAUGGCCAGAGUGUCGACGCGACCGCCGAAGAGGACCCCGCGCAGGACGAGGUUCAAGUGCAGCUGCUGGGGCCAGACCCCGCCACCGCCCAAGACGACGAGGAGUCUGCCGAGGAGCUUGGCGGCGCCGAGCAACAGGAUGACGAAGAGGAAGAGGAACAAGAAGGAGAAGGAGACGAUGAGCACGAAGAGGAAGAGGAGAGGGAUGCAGAAGAGGACGAAGAAGCGGAAGAAGAAGCGGAAGAAGAGAGCGAAAAGCAUGACGAUGGGGAAGAAGAGGAAGAGGAUCUGGAAGAGGAGCAGGGAGCGCAAGCGCAAGAAGAGGGCGAUGUGGACGCUUCUGGCGAGGAGGAAUAA